AUUUUUAAUAAAAUUAUUUAUUUAAUUGUGACAAUCGAGGAUGUUUUGAAUAUAAAAAAAGUUAUUGGCUUUAAAUUUGUGAAAGGUAUAAAAUCGGGGAUAUUUUCUUUCGGUAAGAAAACUUUAGUUUACAUAGUUCGCCUUAGAAAGAAACAGUUAGUAAUCAUUUGGUACACGAGAUGGUAUAUACAUAAUCACCUUCCAACCAAGCUCAAGGAACUUCUGGUGUGUCCAUCACCAGUAAUCAACUCAUUCAGGAGUGGAUGGAUUUUUGUCGCGAUUCAGCAGAUGGGCGUUUGGUCCAUGAUAUAGUGAUUUGGAAUUUAUUCAGCCUAUUAACUCUUUUUAAAUUAAGAUUACAUUUAUCUGAAAUUUUUGUAGUUUUUUUUUUAUAUUAAAAAAGAAAAAUAAAAAAGACGCGUAAAUGCCUCCUCUUAUCCAUUUUUUGCUCUUUCAAUCCACUCCAAUGUAAUUUAUAAAGACACACCUCCUGCAAUACGCCCAAAUUGAACCUUUAAUUUCUAAACUCGCUUCCCUGCUUCCGCUUUAUCGCAUUCUUCUUUCAACCACAUUUCAACACGAUAAACAGUACACCUUAUAUGCUGUCCAUUAUUUACCCACAAACAAACAAAAAUAAAUUAAUUACAAGCGAAUAAAAACAAACAAAAUAAUAAUGAAAAAGCAACAAAAGCUCCAACCUCUAUAGAAAAGUCACGUAAAAAGACGCGUGCAGUGGCGACACUCAUCAGCGUUGCCGUCGCAAAAAUCAACAUAUCGACACUAACACAAUUCUAACACUCUCACUCACAUGCAAAUAAAAGCGCCCACGCCAAAUCCUUAGAAGUCUCACGCACAUAACGGUAAACAAUAUCAAUAGCCGUUACGUUGACUACACUGACUGAGUUUGUGUUGUCGUUCAGGUGUUACACUGUUAUUAUCAUACUCUGAUAAUUUUUUAUUAUUUGUUUUUUAUGACUUCACUUUUUUUGUUGUUUACUAGAAGUUGCUGUAAUUUUGCCACACUUUGCGCUUCUUAUGUCACUCAACUGUCGCUAAUAUUUGUGCUAGCGCCCUCAUGUCCCUAGGCUGUUGUGUGGAGCGAAGGCAAAUGUCGAGGCAGGCGGAAAAAAUAUUUCAAAGCUCCAAAAUCUGUCAAGUAUAUGGAAAAAUUGGAAAAUAAUAAAAGCCGCCAAUUACUGAAAUCCCAAACAGAUUAAAAUGAAAAAUUCGCACUAAAAAUUCCAAACCUGCAGGUGUGCAAUAUCAUCGUAGUUCGUAAAUAAAUACAACAAAUCUAAUAAAAAUCUGAAUGAUAAAUGUAUAUGUUUAGCGCAUAUCUAUACAAAAAUAAAAACUAUUUGUUGCUUCAAGGUCAUAUGAAGAGCUAAGCGGCAUAAUUUUGAACCAAAAAAUAAAUUGUGAAAAAAUUUCAUGGAAAGUGGAAGUGAAAAAUAAAAAUAUUAAAUAAAAAAUAAAAAAAGAUUUCAAAUAAAAUUUCGUGAAAAUUAAAAAAAAAAUCUGAAAAUCUCAGCUUAUAAAUAAAAUCAAAAUGCAAAUUAUUUGUGCAAAAGUGAAGUGAAAUUGUUUAAUAAAUACAAGAGCAGUGAAAUUGAAAAAAAACUUUCGAAUAAAAAAAAAUCGCGGAAGAUAAUAAAAAAUUCAGCGGAAUAUAAAUGCAAGUGUGUGUCACUGAUGGAUUUUAAGUGGAAAAAUUUAUAUGGAUUAUACAUAUAAAAGAAUAGCAACAAAAAAUAUUUAAUUAAAAUUAAUGAUCCUUCAAGUGCGAAACUGAUAAUAUUUAAAUAGAAAUUAUUUCGAUAAUCAUUCUACAUGUAUGCAAAAAAAAAGUAGUAUCGAAAUAAAGAUAUGUAAAAAUUGUAAAAAAUAAAAUAAUAAAAUUAAUUUCACAUUUACAAAACUCAGUCAUAAAAACCAUCUUUUUAUCACUCAUGCAUAUAAAAUAGUGUAUUGAUAUAUAAAUAUUAUUCCCUAAGAUAAAAAUCACGCUAAAUAUAAUCCGAGUAUACUCUCAACUUUAGCAACAAAUAAAAUAAAACAAAAGUAUAGUGUAUAGUGUAGUGAAUAUCAACAGCAAAGCACCAAUCUCUCCUCCAAGAUGUCUGAAACGCAUGACAACAACGGCGAUCAGCCGCUGCAGGAUGAGGCUGGCGGCAGUGAGAAUAAAAUGAAGUCGCGUCUACGUAAAGGUGCGCUAAAGAAGAAGAAUAUCUUCGCCGUUAAAGAUCAUUGCUUUAUACCACGCUUCUUCAAGCAGCCAACAUUCUGUUCGCAUUGCAAGGAUUUUAUAUGCGGUUAUCAAGUGGGCUAUCGAUGGAUGGGCUUUGGCAAACAAGGAUUCCAAUGUCAAGUUUGUUCGUAUGUGGUGCACAAGCGCUGUCACGAAUAUGUGACGUUCAUAUGCCCUGGCAAGGAUAAGGGAAUCGAUUCCGAUUCACCACAAACAGUGCAUCAUUUCGAACCAUUCACAUUUGGCGGUCCCACAUUUUGCGACCACUGCGGCUCGCUACUCUAUGGCAUCUAUCAUCAGGGUCUCAAAUGCUCAGCAUGUGACAUGAAUGUGCAUGCCCGCUGCAAGGAGAAUGUUCCGAGCUUAUGCGGUUGCGAUCACACCGAACGCCGUGGGCGCAUCAAUUUGGAAUUGAAUGUGAAGGAGAAUUUGCUGACUGUGCAAAUCAAAGAAGGACGUAAUCUCAUUCCAAUGGACCCGAAUGGUCUUAGCGAUCCCUAUGUUAAGGUUAAACUCAUUCCAGAUGAGCAUGAAAAGUCAAAGAAGAAGACGCGCACCAUUAAAGCAUGUCUGAAUCCCAUUUGGAAUGAGACCAUCAAAUAUGAUCUUAAGCCAGAAGACAAAGAUCGGCGUGUACUUAUCGAGGUCUGGGAUUGGGAUCGUACAUCUCGCAAUGAUUUUAUGGGCGCUUUAUCCUUUGGCAUAUCGGAAGUUAUUAAGAAUCCCGCGGAUGGCUGGUUCAAAUUGCUCACACAAGAGGAGGGCGAAUACUACAAUGUGCCAUGCGCCGAUGCCACACAGGAUCUACUUAAACUCAAAAGUCAAAUGCGGAAAUCAUCACAAAAGAAACCACUGGUGAUGCGCAGCGAUACAAAUGCACAGACACAAUCCAAAAAGGAUAUGAUACGUGCCACAGAUUUCAAUUUCAUAAAAGUGCUGGGCAAAGGUUCAUUCGGCAAGGUCAUGUUGGCCGAACGCAAGGGCACCGAAGAUCUCUACGCCAUUAAAAUACUGAAAAAGGAUGUCAUUAUACAAGACGAUGAUGUCGAGUGUACAAUGAUUGAGAAACGUGUUUUGGCUUUGGGCGAGAAGCCACCAUUCCUAGUGCAGCUGCACUCAUGCUUCCAAACACUGGAUCGUCUCUUCUUUGUCAUGGAGUAUGUCAAUGGUGGCGAUUUAAUGUUUCAAAUACAACAAUUUGGCAAAUUCAAGGAGCCGGUAGCGGUAUUUUACGCAGCCGAAAUCGCCGCUGGGCUCUUCUUCCUACACAGUAAAGGCAUUUUGUAUCGUGAUUUGAAAUUGGACAAUGUUCUGUUGGAUGCCGAUGGUCAUGUGAAAAUUGCCGACUUUGGCAUGUGUAAGGAGAAUAUUAUUGGUGAUAAGACAACAAAGACAUUUUGCGGCACACCCGACUACAUAGCACCCGAGAUCAUUCUAUAUCAACCCUACGGCAAAUCGGUAGAUUGGUGGGCCUAUGGAGUUCUACUCUACGAAAUGCUUGUCGGUCAGCCACCAUUCGAUGGUGAGGAUGAGGAAGAGUUGUUUGCUGCCAUUACCGAUCACAAUGUCUCCUAUCCGAAGAGUUUGAGUAAGGAGGCCAAAGAGGCGUGCAAAGGGUUCCUCACCAAGCAACCGAACAAGCGGCUCGGUUGUGGAGCCACCGGCGAGGCGGAUGUGCGCAUACAUCCAUUCUUCCGACGCAUCGAUUGGGAGAAAAUUGAGAAUCGUGAAGUGCAGCCGCCAUUUAAGCCGAAAAUCAAACAUCGCAAAGAUGUCUCGAAUUUCGAUAAGCAAUUCACUUCGGAGAAAACGGAUCUGACACCAACGGAUAAAGUAUUUAUGAUGAAUUUGGAUCAAACGGAAUUUGUGGGCUUCUCCUACGUGAAUCCGGACUAUUCGGUGCCCGUUUAAACACGUUGAAACACACACCAGCACACAAACACUCACACAUAGAAGAAAGUAUUGCGGCGGUGCGUAGGAAACAGAGGCAACGGAUAGAAAGGGAGAGGCAGACAGAGAGAAAUUUAUGCGCGGAUAUUACAUUGUUUUAACGGAAACAAGCAAGAAGUGAAGCAGGAAAUCAAGCGUUAGCCAAGCGCUGUAAUAUCAUUUGGUGUGUUAGUGUGAAUACUGUUGCGGUGCGUCAUUUUUUUCGAACACACUGUACGUACGUAGGUGGGAACAACGUGCCAUUAUAAGAAUUUUAAGGAGAAUUUCUAGAACGAAAGGGACGAAAGGGAGUAGAGAAAGCAGAGCACACACACACGCUCGCACUCAAGUUACAUGCAUACCUGCAGGCGUGUGGCAAGCGAGUGAUUGUGCGUGUGUGUGUUUGUAGGUGAAUAAGGUUUGAAAAUCCACUGCAGGCGUUGAGAAGUGCAGUAGCAACUAAUUUAUAUGUUUUAAAUGAAAUUUUUGAUUGAAAAAGACAAAAGUUUUUUAUUUGCAAAAUAAUAUUUUUUUAUCUUGAUAUUUUUUAAAUUAUUAUUUUUAAAGAAUUUCUUUUUUAUUAUUUAACUAUUUACAAAAUUUGUAAUUGAAAUAUUUAAGCAUAUUUUUUUGU